GGAAGAUGGGAGAUGGGUGGUGUGGUCGAAGAUUUUGCCGAAAGCUCUAACCUUACCGUAGAUCCUUCAACAGAUCAAAGAGUGGCAUCGAAAUUCGGCGGCGGCGCAAAGAUCCACAAACGCCAAAGAGGAAAAGGAACAGAAAACAGCCACCAACCAAAACUAGACUGACUAAUCAAUAGAAGUCCACCACUAUGAUGAUGAUGAUGCGUUGUUGCUGUUGGCAUUAUUUUGCUCUCUUCACCACCCUCUUAUUAUUGGGCACUACUACUACGAGUAGAGCCGACGAAGCAGCGCCCAAAGUCACGCGCGUGGAAUUUGAAGUCAACUUGGCACCCGGCAAAGAAGACACCUUUGUCGUCGAGGUACAUCCCGAAUGGGCACCCUUGGGAGCCGCACGAUUCCUAGAACUCGUCGAUGAAGGAGACAAAUUCUGGAAGGGAAUUCGAUUCUUUCGAGUUAUUGAGGGAUUCAUGGCACAAUUUGGCAUUCCAGGGAAACCGGCCGUGGCCGAUCAUUGGAGAGACAAAACCAUCAAAGACGAUGAAGUCAUCCAGUCCAAUAAGAGAGGGUACAUGUCCUUUGCCACGUCGGGACAGGAUUCCAGGACGACUCAAAUGUUUAUCAAUCUAGUCGAUAAUACCAAUUUGGAUGAUAUGGGAUUUUCACCCUUUGCCAUUGUGGUGGGAGACGAUAUGAGUAUUGUCGAUCAAAUAUACAGUGGUUAUGGAGAAGGUGCUCCUGGUGGUGAUGGACCCGCCCAAGGUAGAGUCCAAGCAGACGGCAACAAAUAUCUCAAGAAGGAGUUUCCAAAUUUGAGUUACGUCAAAUCGGUGCGACGGGUCGAGGAUAUUACGUCCGAGGGAGAACUAUGAUAGCGUGA